CGAUUCAGUCGCUGGAAAACCAUCAAAACGCUGUGUUGGUUCGCGUGGCAGUUUGCACCAUCAUAAAUUUUCGUAUUUUUAUAGCAACACGUUGAACAAUUCAAAUAUAGUUUUCACAGUUUAUUUUCAAAUCGAUUGCCUAUAUUACGUGUGUGCAUAGACCAUUUGCGUUGGUUAAUUUAAGAGAACGUAAAAAAAAUAAAUAAAUUAAGUAAAACAGAAGGCGCUGGAUAUGCAUUAAUUGCUAUAGUUCAUUGUUAUUGUUUUUAGUGUGUUGUUGUCGUGGUUGCACAAAGUGUUGUCGGCAAUUAGUGUGCAGUGGAGAAUUGCGUGCGACAUACAAAGCAAAAGCGUUGCACAAAACGAUUAAAAGCUAAAAGCUGAAACAAAAAAGUUUAAAAAUCGAAUUAAGUGGAAUUUAUAGAAAUCAUGCCGUCCGAAAACGAAAAAGAUAUUGAAAUCGGCAACAAAGUCGAAAAUGUUGGUGCCAGCGACAAUAUGGAAAGCGUUAGCACUCCCACCACCCCCGCCAAUGCCGCUCCCUCUGAUACAGCAGCACCAAGUGCAGUUGUUGUUGUGUCCGUUAAGCCAGCUAUGGAGGAAUCGGCUCCAGCCGAUAACAUUACGAAUGGCAACUCGAAUGCGAUAAGUGCGGCGACGGACGUAGCAUUAAACAGGGAGGCAGCAGCUUCUCAAUCGCAAGAGCAGCCGCCGAAACACGAAUCCACCGCCAUGCAGGCAAAUCUGCACCCGGUCAUGCAACCAAUGCAACAAUCUAUCGCAGGUAAAAUGGAUGAGGACGCCACUCUCACUAAUUUCAAGGUGUUGUACAUCUUGACGCAGCUAUGUGGCGUAACGAUGAUUAUUUUAGUUGGCUGUUGGGUUGGCAUACAUUUCGGCGGCGUUGGCGGCACCGCCAAUCCCAAACUGGAAUUCAACUGGCAUCCGCUAUUUAUGACAAUCGGCCUAAUAUUCUUAUAUGGCAAUUCUAUACUGGUAUAUCGUGGCUUCCGUAAUGUCCGCAAGAAGACCCUCAAGCUAUCACAUGCUGGCAUCCAUUUGACAGCCUUUGUCCUGACUGUCAUUGCUUUGAUAACCGUCUUCGACUCGCACAACUUAGCCGAUCCACCAAUACCAAAUAUGUAUUCGUUGCACUCUUGGCUCGGGCUUGGCGCCGUCAUCGUAUUCGGUUUGCAGUAUGUAGCAGGAUUUACAGCUUAUCUCGCCCCAGGGUGGCGACAAUCACUUAAGGUCGCCUACAUGCCAUUGCAUAUUUAUUUUGGCCUAUUUGGAUUCGUUUUAGCCAUCGCAAGUGCACUAAUGGGUGUCACCGAAAAGGCUCUAUUCGCUAUUUCGGAUUAUUCAUCGUUCUCAAAUGCUGGAGUUAUGGCCAACUGUAUUGGUGUAUUCUAUGUGAUUUUCGGUGCCUUGGUUGUGUACUUGGCCACUGAAUCAUCUUACAAACGCGAACCAUUGCCUGAGGAUGCUGUUCUAUUGACGGGUGUAAAUGAGUAAAUGCUGACAAAACAUGGGAAAGGGUGAAAAAGCGUGAAGAUAGUCGAAAAAUGAAAACCUUACGUUCGUUCUUACCGUUAUAUUUUUAACUUUCUACGCUAUUUUGUUAUGUGAGUAGCUAAGACUACGUUGCCAACUACAAAUCUACUAAGGCAAUGCAAUUGCAUACAUUAAUUGACUUUAAAAACAUACAUAUACUUGUAUUUAUUUUCAUAUUGCAUACUACAUACAUACAUAUAUGUACUAUAUGAAGUAACUUGCGUACACAAACAAGCGCACAUUCACAAAAAAAUGCAUAUGGACAUACAUAUAAAAUGUAUGGAAAAUGUAUGCAUUUACGUUAGGUGCUUUAUAAAUUUGAAAAUUUCGGUGCUUAACUUAAGUAUUUUCUGUUUACUUAUAUGCUUUAAAUAUAUACAUACAUAACAUACAUACAUAUAUACACUUAUAUUUAUAUACACAUUUACAUACAUCCACUACUAUACUUAUAACUGUUAACGACUUGGAGAUGCCGAACAUUGCACAAUACCUGUGGUGCUUUUUAAGAGGUUUAUAAACGCUUUAUAUAAAAACAAAAAAAAAAUAAAUAAAUAAAUUCACAGAAACAACGAGAUAACCAAUCAAGCAUGCAUUAAAAAAAAUAUUGAAUUAUAUUAUAUUUGUUUAACUAAUUAAUUUUGUACGAAAAGAUGUUCAUUUUGGAUCUACAAAUAUGUAUUAUUUUAUUUAGUACGUGCAUACUUGCUUAUGUACACAUAAAGAUAUAAAAAUAUAGAGUAUGAAUAAAUAUACAUAUAGUAUAUGUACAUGCAUAUAAACAGGAAAAAAGACAAAUAUCCAUAAGUGUUGUUGGAUGUAUUCAUGAAUUUAUCGUAAGCAUUCAUAUGUAUGUACAAUAUAUUCAAAUUUAUUGAAUAAAGAAAUAUUUAAAGUUGAUUU